UAUGUCGAUAUGGAUUUUAGUGUAAUAUUUCUUGCGCGAAACUAUUUUUUUUCCGUCGCCGAUCGAAAAGCGUCUGAAAUGUCCGUGAGCCACGGACAUUUCGACGCGUUUUUUUUUCGUACCGACUCGGAUUUGGACUUGUAAUAUUUAUCACGUGGAACUAUUUUUUUUCCGUCGCCGAUCGAAAAGCAUCCGAAACGUCCGUGACUCACGGACAUUUCGACGCGUUUUUUUUUUCGUACCGACUCGGAUUUGGACUCGUAAUUUUUUUUUUCGUCGUCCGUAGACGGGCGUGGACGCGUAGCCUCUAUCCGCCUCGUCGCUCGCAUGUCAUUCAACGACUGUUCGCAGCCACCGACUGAUCGGAUCUGAUGACGCGCGGUCGCUUUGACGCGUUUUCCAUCGUAGCACGCGCGCUCCUCGGUCCGGAGACCGCGGGCGCGCGUAGCGCCGCGCUCAUCGGGUCACUGGAACAAUGCCGUCUGCGUACUAGACGCGUCGUGCGACCGCGCGCUCGUAGUCUGCGGAACGUGACGGAUGAUAUACACACGCACACACACAAAGUGGUGGUGUCCGUCUUUACGAAUAUGCGAGCGACACUGGCUUGCGGACAACGUCCGCGUCCAUCGGGCGCCUAGAAGAGACUGACUAGAAGACGGGAGAACGCGCGCCGUGUACCGGUUGCGGCGCGCGACAGUCGACGCCACCUCCCCCUCUUUAAGGCUGAUUUACACGAUGCCAGUCGGCGUACCAGUCGAGGUCGCCAGUAACUGAAUGCCAGCGGCUGGCAACGUCUAAACAUAAUCUGCCAGCAACUGGAGAAUGCCAGUGGGCACUGGCUUGCCAGCAGAUGGCAUUGCCAGUAAAGCCUGAUUUACACGAUGCCAGUUGUUGGCAUACCAGCUGUCAUGCUAGCUGGAGGGCACUGGCAUCUGCCAACUGGAAUUGACAACCGACUGGCGCCCAUCGUUUACACGACGCUAGUUACUGGCAUACACUAGCUACUAGUAGUGUUUUAUUUUUUUAUAUCAAUUCAAGUACUGAGUUGUAGUGUACACGUUAUCACAGUCUUGUAUAAAAUAUAAACAUUGUCUUAUAAUAUUUUAAUAUAGUUAUGGCAGAAACAACAUACAGCGAUGAAUUAAAAAAAGCAGUGUGUUCUAUUACUACAGUAUUGUGUGACGAACUGUUGGAGAUAUGUGAAGAAGAAUCGAAGAAGAGAAAAAGAAAAGUUUGGGUUAGAAAUUGGAUGGAUAAAAAGAAAUGCGGAGCAUCAGAAACAAUUAUAAGAGAACUUAGAGACAAUGAUCCACUUGAAUUUAAGUCUGUUAUCAGGCUUACACCCGAACAGUUUGAAGAGUUGUUACUUAAGAUAAGUCCGAUAAUAAGCCGUGCUGACACUUUUAUGCGCCCAGCUUUAGCUGCCAGGCUAAAGUUAGAAUUAACCCUAGCAUUCUUGGCCUCAGGAACAAACUCUAGAAUACUGUCAGUAAUGUUCCGCGUUUCCAAAGCAUCAAUUUCAAAUAUGAUACCUGAAGUAUGUGAUGCUAUCUAUUCAGUUUUGAGCGAUUACAUAAAAGUGCCAAAUUUAAAGGAAUGGGAAGAAAUUCAAUUUGGUUUUAAUGAAAAGUGGAACUUCCCUGGAUGUUGCGGAGCUAUAGACGGAAAACAUGUAGUAAUUAAAGCACCCCCAAGUGCAGGGAGUGAAUACUAUAACUACAAAGGUACAAACAGUAUUGUACUUCUUGGUGUAGUCGACCACAACUAUUGUUUCAGAUACAUUGAUGUCGGAUCUUAUGGGCGAAAUGCUGAUGGUGGUGUUUUCCAGUACUGUGAUUUAUAUCCUUUACUAGAAAAUGAUUCGUUACUACCAAAAGGAGGAGUACUGGUAGGAGAUGAUGCCUUUCCCUUAAAAACUUACCUUAUGAAACCCUAUUCAAAGGUAAAUCUGACUAAAGAAGAAAAAAUAUAUAACUACAGAACCAGUAGAGCACGAAGAAUUGUGGAAAACGGUUUUGGUAUAUUGGCCAGCCGGUUUCGUAUUUUUCAACAACCUAUGGCAGUAAAAGUUCCAACAACUAUAAAAAUAGUAAAAGCUACAUGUGCCAUACAUAACUGGUUACGCUUAACUUCACCUACCACUUAUACACCACCAAGCUGUUAUGACUACGAAGACAUUGUCAAUGCUACAAUAAUACAAGGGGAGUGGAGAUCUGAAUUGUCUCAGCUGCCAAGUAUGUUACGGACACGAAUUAACAACAGACCAAAGAAAAUCGCACAACAAGUGAGAGACAGAUACAAGGAUUAUUUUAAUGGAGAGUGGUCAGUGGAAUGGCAAGACAGAAUGAUUAAAUAAUUAUUAGAAUGAUUAACUAAUUAAUUAUCAAUCACUUUUUUUUAUAUAAAUAUACACAUUUAUAUUGAAAUUAA